AUGAUCUCAGAUGAAGCAUCUACCAUUCUAGGUACCAUUGCAACAGUAUGUUGGUGUAUUCAAUUGAUUCCACAGAUCAUAUAUAAUUAUAAGAGGAAAGAUUGUACAGGUUUGCCUCCUCUUAUGAUGUUCCUGUGGGUCAUUUCAGGGAUUCCAUUUGGUAUAUAUUUCUGUAUCAGUGCACCAAACAUUAUUUUACAAAUUCAACCACAUUUGUUCAUGAUAUUUUGUGCAGUAAGUUUUGCACAGACUUUAUAUUAUCCACCUUGUCAAAUGAAUAGAUUGAAAAUUGCAGCUAUCAUGUUAACCACCACCCUCAUAGAUGUCGGAUUGGAAGUAGGGUUCAUUAUCUGGCUAAAGCCCUUGUAUCAAAAGGGCACAAAGUGGCCUGAUUUAAUUUUUGGUAUCAGUGCAUCGAUCUUACUUGCAGUGGGUCUAUUACCUCCAUACUUUGAAUUGUUCAAAAGAAAAGGCAGAGUUGUCGGUAUCAAUUUCUUAUUUCUAUUUGUGGACUCCUUAGGCGCAUGGCUAUCUAUUGUCAGUGUCAUCGUAGGUACAAUGGAUGUCAUGGGUAUUAUUCUUUAUUGUAUUGUAGCUGGCAUGGAAUUAGGUAUCUUUGCAUCCCAUUUUAUUUGGUGUUGUAGAUUUAAAUGGCUUAGAAAAAAUAAAGAGACCGAUAAUGAACUAUCCUCUGUAGAAUAUCACGAAAAAGAAAGUGGAGAAACCCCAGAUAAUUUAAACAGUAAAAUAGAGAUGAGUAAGGACGGAACCUCUCACUCUUUUCAAAGCCAUACAAAGGAACUUCAUCAUGUAGUGACAGAUCAUGAUACUGAUAAUGAAAUAAUAGAUAAUAUUGAAGAGUUUGAGGUGUACAGUACCACCGUCCAAACUAUCCAUGGUGUUACAAUGCAAAAUAGCUCUAUUAACACCGAAAGUAUCAGAAUAUAG